CUGUGCCAGGCCGUGCCGCCCCGGCGGGGGAGGGCGCCCGCGGCCCCGACGAGGCGGGGCGGGGCGGCGCCGGACUACAAGUCCCAGGGAGCGGCAGGCGCAGUCGCUGGUAGCGGGGUCGCUGGGCCGUCUUCCCGCCGUCAGAGGCAGGCGGCAUCGUGGUGGCCCAGGAAGCAUGCAGCCGUGGCGCUGGGGGCCCUGAAGGCCGUGUGGCGCGCAGGGAGGAAUGCUGCGGUGGGCGGUGCACCUGGAAGGUGGGCCGCGCAGGGUGAACCACGCGGCCGUGGCCGUGGGCCACAAGGUCUACUCCUUCGGCGGGUACUGCUCCGGAGAAGACUAUGAGACCCUGCGGCAGAUUGACGUCCACGUGUUCAACGCAGUGUCUCUGCGCUGGAUCAAGCUGCCUCCAGUGUGGACAAACAGCCGAGACCACGUGAGGGAGGUGCCCUACAUGAGGUAUGGGCACUCAGCAGUGCUCAUAGAUGACACCGUCUACAUCUGGGGCGGUCGCAAUGACACCGAGGGAGCCUGCAAUGUGCUCUAUGCCUUUGAUGUCAACACACACAAGUGGUUCACGCCCAAGGUGUCUGGAAUGGUCCCAGGAGCUAGAGACGGGCACUCAGCUUGCGUCCUGGCAAAGAGCAUGUUUAUCUUUGGAGGCUAUGAACAGCUGGCUGACUGCUUUUCAAAUGACAUCCAUAAGUUGGACACCACAAACAUGAUGUGGACCUUAAUCUCUGCCAAGGGUACACCAGCUCGCUGGAGGGACUUCCAUUCAGCAACCAUCAUUGGAACAAAGAUGUAUGUGUUUGGUGGCAGAGCUGAUCGUUUUGGGCCAUUUCACUCCAACAAUGAGAUCUACUGUAACCGCAUUAAAGUGUUUGAUACAGAAACAAACUCCUGGCUGGACUCCCCUCCAACUCCAGUGCUCCCCGAAGGCCGGAGGAGCCACUCAGCCUUCAGCUACAAUGGAGAGCUGUAUGUGUUUGGUGGCUACAAUGCACGCCUGAACAGACACUUCCACGAUCUCUGGAAAUUCAAUCCAGUUUCUCUUUCUUGGAGGAAGAUUGAGCCCAAGGGGAAAGGCCCGUGUCCUCGACGCCGACAGUGCUGCUGCAGAGUAGGGGACAAAAUCGUUCUCUUUGGAGGCACCAGCCCGUCUCCAGAGGAGGGAAUGGGUGAUGAAUUCGACCUGAUGGAUCACUCAGAUCUCUACAUUCUCGACUUCAGUCCCAGUCUAAAGACGCUGUGUAAGCUAGCAGUGAUUCAGUACAGCCUGGACCAGUCCUGCCUUCCCCACGACAUCAGAUGGGAGCUGUCGGCCAUGACAACGAACAGCACCAUCAGCCGCCCCAUUGUCUCCUCCCAGGGCUGACAACAGCUCGUCCUUCCACCGCUCUGCCCUCAUCUUUCCAUGGACUCUGACCUCUUGCUCCACUGCCUGCAUGAGUUUUUAGCCCUUUGAAGCAAGGAACGUUUUGUUUUGUCCUAUCCAGGCUUCCCUCUGCCUUUGUCAUGCUUUGGGCAGCACGAGCGUGCAGGCAGAGCUGGCUGCUGGGGAGGAAAUCGGCUCGCCUAGCAGCACAACUGACCUCCUUCUCCUUGCUGAUGGCUGCAGCACCUCCUGCCUUCCUUCCCUUUGCCUGUGGAGCUGCAGCUGUGCUGGCCUGGUCUCCGGACACUUCUCAAGGGCCUGAAUCAACUCCUACCACCAGCUAUGGCUCUGGGCACUGCCUGGAGAGAGCAGGGACCUCCGUGCCUGCACCUGCCAGUGCUGACCAGCUCCUGGCAUGAGAUGGUGCUGAGCUUGAUGUGGGGGCCUGGGCCCCCCUGGACUCUCUGCCAAGCUCACCUUGUACAAGAGCAACAGGGGGGGUUUUAUAAAUGCUGAGGCAGACA